AUGUUCUACCUCCGUAGCCACGUCGGGCGAGAGAUUUUCUCAAUCUAUCAAUUCAGAUCUCAUCUUUUCUACUCAACAGCAACUAAACUUUCCCCUGUUGAUGAAUCUACAUCUGCUAAAAGAAUCGAAUUUGUCGAUUUCCUCAUCAACACACUCGGAUUCUCCAAAGAAUCCGCCAUUUCCUCCUCAUCAAAGGUACGCCGUUUGAAAACCACUCGAAAUUGUGAUUCAGUUAUUCGUAUCCUCAAAAAUUGCGGCUUCGAUAACGCCCAGAUCAAAGACAUAGUCGCAUGGGUACCAAAAGUUCUACUAUACAGAGCAAACGAAACCCUAGAACCCAAAAUUAGGGUUUUUCUCGAACUCGGGCUGACCGGGCCGGAUCUAAUAAGUCUUCUCAAGAGAAACCCUUGCUUAUUCGAUUUGGGUUUACAUUCACGAAUAAUACCCACCAUUGAUUACCUUCGAGUCCUUCUGGGAACUAACGAAAAAGUGGUGGAAACUAUUAACAGAUCAAGAUGGUUGUUUUCAACAUCUAUUGCUUUAAAGAUGUUUUCAGACAAUGUCUUGCUCUUACAAACUUAUGGUUUCUCAAAUGAGCAAAUCAGUAAAUUUGUUCAUAAGAAUGCUAUGCAUUUCACACAACCACCCGAUUGGUUAACAAGUAAACUGAAUUGGAUAGAGGGAAAAGUAGGCAUUUCCCGUGAUUCAACUGAGUUUUUUCGUUGUUUUCAUGCAAUUGCUUCAAGUAGUCUUUCAGGAAUGGAUAAAAAGAUGGAAGUUUACAAGAGUUUUGGGUUUUCUGAUACUGAAUUAUCUACAUUGUUUAAGAACCAGCCUUACUGUUUUGCUUUAUCAGAAGAUACAAUUCGUAAUAAGCUUAGUUUCUUUAUGAAUGAGCUUGGGUAUACACCUUCUUACUUAGUAACUUGCCCAAGUCUUUUCUCAUUAAGUUUGGAGAAAAGAGUGAAACCUAGGAACAAAGUGUUGGAGAUUUUGAAGGAGAGAAUGUUGGAUGAAAGAAAGUCUCUUAUUACACUUGUUAGUUAUCCUGAAUUGAGAUUUCAAGAUUUCUUGAGACGAUUUGAGGACAAGAUUCCUAGUUUGUAUCAAACUUACAUUAGUAGCAUGAGGUAA